AGUGAUAAAAUCGUUUUUUUUUUCAGUUAAAAUAAAAAAAAAUUCAAUAAAAUAAAAAAAUGGACACAAGAAAUUGUGAUAUUUUUAAGCACUUUGAAAAAGAGGAAUAUGAAUUAAAUCUAUUUGGGUUUGCAAUCAAAGACUUUAAGUUUGAAAAUUUGGAGUUUUUUUGGAAGAAGCAAGUUAAUAAAUCUAUGCAGACAAUAAGUAAAAGAUUUAUGGACUUAAUGAAUAAAGGAAAACUAGAGGCAGUUGAGAAUGUUAAAAGCUCUAUUAAUCAAAUAGAGCAAUUUAUAAUAAAAUCAACAGAAUCAAACAUACAGCAUAUCGUAAAUAUGGAAGUUGAAAAAGCAUUAAACAUCCCAGAAAAUGUAAUUUUACCAACGGAUAGAGCUCAAUUAAAAUUGGAUCCAUAUGAAGAGAUUUAUGAUUUGGAACAAGAAUGCGAUAAUUUAGGCAACAUUUUAAUACAAAAUGCGAUAUUUUUAAAGCAUUUAAAUAAUGAAUUGAAUUCAUAUGAAUUAGACUGGUUAGAUAAAGAAGACCAAAUUUGUUUGCGAGGACAACACUUUUUAAAUAUACAACUUUUUGAUACCGAUUUUUUAAAUCGCUAUCUUAUCCCUAAGAAUAGCAAAUAAUAUGUACUCAUAUUAGAAGAGGUUCAUUAAUAAAAGUCACUUUUUGUAACGGA